UUUCUUCUCUGGUCAGCUUCUAAUAGCAAUCUUGCGCGGGCUGAGCCUCCAGGGUUUCGGAUGCUUGGAGUGGAAUCUUCAGCCUUGACCUUAGACUAGCAUGAGCUUUGUGAGUUCAGGGAUCCAGAGACAGCUCUUGGAUUGGCUCUCUUUCCGUUGCAUGUUUGCCAUUUCAAGUUUCUGCUGCCUCGGCUUCCUCGCACUGCUGCCUGUAACUUGGAAUUAUUUUGUUUCUGGCAGUCUGACACCCAGUAUGGCCACCGAAGGCAAUCAGGUUCCCUUGCGUCAGAAGCCCAGGAAGAAAACUCAAGGGUUUUUCACCAUGAGUCGGAGAAGGAUAUCCUGUAAAGAUCUGGGCCACGCUGACUGCCAGGGCUGGCUGUACAAGAAAAAGGAAAAGGGAACUUUCCUAAGCAACAAAUGGAAAAAGUUCUGGGUGGUGCUGAAGGGGUCAUCACUGUACUGGUAUGGCAAUCAAUUGGCAGAGAAAGCAGAUGGAUUUGUCAACCUGCCAGAUUUCACAGUGGAAAGAGCCUCUGAAUGCAAGAAAAAAAAUGCAUUUAAGAUCAAUCACCCACAGAUCAAAACCUUCUACUUUGCAGCAGAGAAUUUGCAGGAAAUGAAUAUGUGGCUAAACAAACUUGGAUUUGCUGUGACCCACAAGGAAUCCACUACCAAGGAUGAAGAAUGUUACAGCGAGAGCGAGCAGGAAGAUCCUGAAACAGCCGUGGAGGCACCGCCCCCUCCAUCCGCGUCUGCAACAUCCUCUCCUGUGGCUGCACGGCGGGCAUCUUCUUCUUCACCCAAACGGAGAGAAACAUCAUGUUCUUUCUCUUCUCUGGAAAAUACAGUAAAGGCACCCAGCCGGUUUUCUUCCUCGGGAUCUAAAGAAAGACAGUCGUGGCUUGACAUAGUUAACAGCUCGCCUGCUACCGAAGAUGUGGGACAUCCCCUGUCAUUUGCUGUACAGGUCCACACACUUGCCUCCUCAGAGGCAAGCAGUUGCCGGGUCUCAGAAAACAGCUCCACAACACCAGAAAGUGGUUGUUUGAACUCUUUGUCUAGUGAUGACACUUCUUCACUGAACAACAGUCAAGACCAUCUAACAGUCCCAGACAGAGCUUCUGGAUCAAGAAUGACAGACAGAGACGAAAUAAAAUCGUCCGAAGACGAUGAGAUGGAGAAACUGUACAAGUCAUUGGAGCAGGCUAGCCUGUCUCCUCUUGGGGACCGGCGACCUUCAACCAAGAAGGAGCUGAGAAAGUCUUUUGUGAAGCGAUGCAAAAACCCAUCAAUAAACGAGAAGCUGCACAAGAUCAGAACCUUGAACAGCACAUUAAAGUGCAAAGAACAUGAUUUGGCUAUGAUCAACCAGCUGCUGGAUGACCCAAAGCUGACAGCCAGGAAGUACAGAGAGUGGAAAGUCAUGAACACCCUGCUGAUCCAGGACAUCUAUCAGCAGCAGGUACCUCAGGACCCUGAAGUCACCCCUCAGGAAAUCAUGAACCCCACCUCUUCUGACUGUGUGGAAAAUUCUCUUUGAGCAGAUGCCGGGACCCUACCCCCAUUUCUGUUACUAUGCCAUUCUACAGGAUGCUGCCAAGGGCCUACAUUCUGCUUAUAAGGAAACCCCAUACCCAGUUCCUGAGACAUCAUCCAUCCCUCCCAAGGAUGCAACCCAGGUGAAGCCAGUUCUGAUGCAGUGGGAAUCCUGGCUCCCACAUGUGACAUUCCUAAUACUGGAGUAGAGUGAUGGAGUUCAUCUGAGCAGGCACAUCUUCUGUGCUCCUACUGAGAGCUAGCAGGAAUCCUAGGCUUUAGGCAGGAUGUCAAGUGGGUAAACCCCCUCUGUUUGCUUUCAAGAGAAUUACAACCUGCCACAGACAAAAGGCCCAAUUUCACUAGGGAUAAUAAUUCACAUUAUUAUUUUGUUUUGCAAAAGAAGCAUGUAGAACUGCCUUUGGUGGGCAGCGGAGUUCUUCAAAAUAUUGCUAGUGGAGGAAUUUCCUCCUUAUUGGUGACUGGAACUGGACACAUGUUGGCAUUUGUGGAGCACAAGGCUCCUUGUAACGUUGACGUUCUACUUGGUAGAGCACCUUAUUUGCAGAGUAGAGCAUGGUGGGGGUGGGGUAUGAGAGCCCAAGGAGAAGGUAUUCUUCCUGUUCCACUCAGAGGGCAGCUUCAUAUGUUCAUGCUUUGCCUAGGGUAGGGGAUGUGAUUAAUGUGCCCAUUCCUUACAAUGUCUAGGAGACAGACCAUCACAUGACCAUUGGAGACAUUGGUGCCCCACUCCCAGCUUCUUUGAACAGUGGUAGGAUAUUGAUACCCACUAUAAGGAAUGUUAUAUUGAGUUCAUCCCUGCCUGUGCUGCCUAGACCCAGCAUGAGUUUAUGUCCAGUUUUCCUGGGAUCCAAAUUCACAAGGUUAUUUCUGAAUUGUUCUUAACUUGGAAAAGAACCCAGACCAGCAAAACAACAAACCAGUUAAACAGGAUCAUUUUAUUUUUGUAUGUUUAUGUGUCAUAUCGUGUGAGGUGUGAACAGUGGUCUAUGUUUCUUAUUUAAAUAUAUUUAUAGAAAUGCAAAUUAUAGUGUUUUAAAAGAAAAUGUACUACUAUUAUUUGUUGUCCAAUAUAUAUAUAUAUUCUAGAAGCAUAUCCUUUUUGCUUGAGAAAAAUAAGUAUAGUAGUGACUUACUGGAAUUGUAUUGCACUAUGAUAUAUGAAGAAUGCUCAGGAAAUCUUGAGAGAAAACCACAGGAGCAUGUAUUAAUACUUACUAAUUUUCUGAAUGCUUUCUUUCCAUUUCCUAUCCUCACCUCCAGAGCUCUUAAAUUUCAAUGCCUGUUACACAUCAUUUUCUUAACUAGCACCUUAGGAUAGCUCUUCUAUUCAUAAAGGUUAUGCUUUAUGAUAUUUAUGCCACGAAUUAUAGACCCAAAGGAACACAUCUCAUGAACUCUUGGGCCAAAUAAAAUACAAGUAACACAAUUCCCAACUAAAUAUUUAUAAAAUUAAAGUUUGUUUUUGAAGAAAUCUCAAAGAAAAACAAUAUAUUAAUCACAAUGACAAUUUCUAAAUCAUAAGCAUAAUUCACUAAGUACCCAUAUGAGUCUCCUCUACCCUUUGAAAAUUGUUGACAUAUAUAUUCAUAUAGCAUCAAAUGUGGCUUGACAAAUUCAUAUAGAAGUAGCCACCUGAUCUAUAUCUAUAAAGUAAAUAUAAAGAAUUGUUUAAUAUUUCCCUGUACUUUACCAAGACUUUUUUUAUACACUGAAAUGAAAAACAAUCCUUGCCUUAAGAGAGAAACAUAGACCAGGAAGCAAAGAGAAGCUACAGGAUUCAUUAAGUUGAAAGACGAAGCGUCGAGAUGAUCUGGGAGAGGGCACGCUGGGUCUUCCACCUGGAUCCCAGCAGUUGAAGAGGCUAAUGCCUCUUAGGAUUGAUUCCUCCUGCGGCCAGCAGCUGUACGGAGGGCAAUGCUUAGGGGUACACAGUGAAAGGAAGCACUGGGGGAAGGUGAAUUAACUAGAACAACCUUAGCCUGUGAAAAAAUAUUCACUCAUGUCUUUUUUUUUUUUUAGCAGCACCAACUUCUAAAUUUCCAUCUUCCCCCAAGUUGAAGCCCCGAACUCUUUAUGAGGGCUGAUUGCUAUAUUUAAAUGCUUUCCUUUGGCUUUUCAUUUAUACCCAUUUAACUGACCUUUGAAUGUAAACUCUUAGUAACAUACAGAUCUAAAGGCAAAAUUGGUUCAUGAGAUUGCGUGACCAAGCCAUAGGGUGAUUUUUUUUUCCCCAUGCAACUUAAAGAAAGCCAGAGUCAAGUUUCUGCUUUGGUAGAACCAGCCUGCUGAACGUUCCCACGUCAGUCUCAGCUGUGUCCUGUCUUCCUGGACAUGAACCAACCACUCCCUGUUCCCCAGUUCAGUAGAUAAAUACUUUUUCACUCUGUGCUAGGCUUAGUUAGGGAGUAGGAGGUGCUUCUGUGGAUACACAGCCUCCGCUAGGAGGGUGAGGACAGACAGGAGUAAGCAGAAGAGUGGGUGACGUGUCCAUAGACCCUUGGUGAAGAGAAAUCAUGAGGAGCCUUCCCUUGGCCUCGAGUCUCUUCCCUGGUUCAAGAGAUUUGGGAACUGAUCUCUUCUGGUUAAUGACUGGGACAUGGAUUAUGGAGAGUCAGUGGUAGCCUAGGGGAGACUGCCUCUGGAAUGAACCAGAGCAACUAUCUCCGGACACCAUGGUGGAUCUUUGAGCACAAGUCUUUCACAUGGUACUGUUAAGGAUGAGGAUUCUCUGGGUACUUUUUUCCUUGGGGCUGGGAGAAGGAUCUUUUCUUUCCUAGUUUGAAGACCCAGAUAAGAGCCUGGCGGGAGACCCUCACUAAUUGAGAUGUUGUUAACACCCAUGGAUCCCGAAUUUUUCUGGUGUUUGGAGGAUGUCUGUCAUUUGUAAGAGUUCUUAGUUUUCCCCGUAGCUUUAAUCUGAGGUUAGAUUCAGAGUUCAGAAAAAAGAUGCUGGAGUAAACAACUGUUAGGAUUCCAACAGGCCAAAGAAGAGGUCAGGUUUGGAGUCAGAUUUUCAGUGUGAACCCAUGCCUUAUAUUGAUACAACUCUUUGAAGUUUGCAAACUAUGUUCCCCCUUCCCUGCAUCCUACCACCCCAUAGGCUAAAUCGGGGCAAUUGUGAACUCUGGGUAUAAUGAAAUGCCUGGCUCAAAGCCCCAAGUGGUACAGCCAGAAUCUGAGUUUGAGUUUCAGGUCUGCCAGUCCUCUCUGUGGAGGAGGAAUGACUGUCUGGGCAUAGCCUGCUGGGGAACCAAUGGUCUGACCUGGUUCCCACGUCUAUUACACUGAGUUCCGCACACUGGCUGCUGCAAAGGCUUCUGCUGGAUCCCCAGAGGCACGCACUGCUGUGAGCAGUCUCUCCCCAAAGGUCCUGCUGCCUUGUCACUGGGUUUUCUGAGAACUAGGGCUUGACCUGAUGUGUUUCCUUUAUUCCCUUCUGUAGAAGACACUAUGUUACCACUGUGAGGACUUUAAGGCCAGAGGAUAGAAGUCUUUAAAGGGAUGGAAAUGCCUAUUUUUCUUAUUUUUCCUUUUGAGAUGUGACCUGCCAUGUCAGGUAUCAGAGACUUAGGGACUAGAAAUGACUCAUGGAAUCAUUUCCUCAGGGAGGCUCCAGACCAGAUCGUCAUGGAGAGGGAACAAAAGGAAAAGCAAAAUAGUUUUCAGUCUUUUGAGGAGAGGCACUCUAGCAAUGAAAGCCAUAUUUCAUUUUACGGACACAGGCGUCUUUGUAAAAAGAGAAAGACACUAUUUUGACACAGCAAUACAAAUGAUUUGGUACAGAGGGUGACUGUUCAAACGUCACAUUAUGUUGAAGCGGGUAUUGUGUCCAAAUGCAGUUUUAGAAUGUAGUUCUGCUUCCGGCUAACAGAAUAGGAUACGUGAAGGAGAUUUCUGAUCUCUUUCCCAUAAAACACUUCUGUAGACAUGAGACAUUCAGUCCCGGAUGUAGGAGGUGACUGCCCACCUAAGGUUUUGUCACCCAUAAUAGUAAGAGCCCCUCACAUUAGAUUUUUUACAAAUCUCUGUGAAGUGGAUGUGGUAGAGGGAUAUUCUAUUCACAGAAACCUAACCUUCUCAGCCACACCAUGCCACAUGAAAAUGGACCCUGCAUUUCAAAAGGAAGUUUUCCAUUUCCCUUGUUGUAAAGAAACUUAAUUGCUCUGUAGUGAUGUCUUGUUAGCUCUAGUCCAAAGGGAAGCAUGCCCCCAUGGAGACAUUUAACAUCCUGUAAUUGAAAACCAUGGUUUAAGUCACCACAUGUUCUGCUAUUGCAUGGUGGGGAUGGGGUUCAACAGUGCAUGGUAUUGGGGCAAGAUGUUAACGUGGGGUUGAUACCUUAUCUGUCAUUGUGCUUUUGAUCAUUGUCAUCUAUCUGUUUUGACGAAACUGAAAACACGAGGCAUGCCUCAUUUCUCCUGUUCCCUGUUCCCCAGGAUGUCUUGUAAGAUAAAGAUAAAAAGCAAACUGUUUAGUAAAAUGGUAUGAAAAAAAAGUCAAAAUACACUACUUGUGUUCA